AUGGCGCGCACGCGGCCACAAAGUUUCCAGUCUGCCCCCAGAAAACGACCUGCGCCCCGCUCUUCCACUGCAUUCAUGGAAGGGAGGAAGGCAGUUCCGCCACCGAAAUCCGUAACGAUUGCCGGGAAGAAGCUCCCUAUUUCCCCUGUCUUAGACACACUAUUUCAUUUUCUCGCCGAACGACAUCGCAUUCACCAGCGACGCAUAGCGGGGGAUCCAUCGCCCUGGACUCGGGACCCAAUUCUCGCCGCAUAUCCGUUCACCAACAUUUUUCGCGUAUACGACCGCACGACGCAAUAUAUUCUCCGCCAUGUGAUACAGGAGGGUAGCUCAGACUUGCACGAAUCGUGCUUUCGUGUAAUGUUGUUUCGGUUUUUCAACAAGGUUGAGACAUGGGAGCUGCUGGAAUCAUCACUAGGAAAGGUUACCUGGAGAGAUUUCUCUGUCAGGAAGUAUGAGGAGGUUCUCUUCUCCGCGGAAGAGGCCCUGUAUUGUCCGGCAUACAUUAUUCCUGCCCCGAAGCUCGGUGCGAAGGCCAAUCUCUCAAAUCACCUUCGACUGGUUCAAUUGAUGAUGGAGAAUGAUCUACCUGGUCACUUGGAAAAGGUACACCAUUUGAAGGACGCACAUGGAUAUCUUCGCCUCUAUCCCAGUAUGGGUGAUUUUACAGCACUCCAGCUUCUGCUCGAUUUGAAUAUGCUCCCGCAUUUCAAUUUUAGCGAGGACGAGUGGGUCGCACUUGGGCCUGGUGCACUGGAAUGCAUACGAAAGAUUUUCGGCCCGUCAGUGCGAGGAAGCGAAGGUGAAGCGCUUACCUGGCUGCACUCGACGCAGUACAGCCAUUUCGCUCGAAUGGGCAUCACCCCGGAUCGCAUUCCUCGACUGUGCGACAGCCGGCCGGCUGGUCUUACAAAGGUCGAUUUCGAACAUGCUCUUUGCGAAGUCGAGAAGUAUUCUCGAGCAAAACACCCUCACAUCGUUGGCAGGAGGCGUAAUGUCGCCAAAUCAGCCUUUUCUCCCAAGCGUGAGCCGCUUACGGCUACGCUACCAAAGCAUUGGUUAAAACCUCGCCACGCACCGACUACCCUUUCGCGGCCUCCCCCCAUCAAGAAAGGUGGCUCCGAAGAAUACGAAGUCUCCCAUAUCAUCGCCGAGAGGCAGGCGGGACAAGGAUACCAGUAUCUCGUGCGCUGGGUCGGAUACGGUCUGGAAGAUGAUACAUGGGAGCCGGAGAGUGCCCUAGAGCACACAGCGAAUUUAGACGAAUGGAAAGUGACGAAGAUAAAAAUUUGGGAUGGAGUAGGGGAUUUCCAGGCCAUGGGGAAUAAUUUUACACGUACCAGGGGAUUUUACACUGCGAAGUGA